AUGGUGGACUACCACGCGGCGAACCAGUCGUACCAGUACGGCCCCAGCAGCGGGAGCAACGGCGCCGGCGGCGGGGGUAGCAUGGGCGACUACAUGGCCCAGGAAGACGACUGGGACCGGGACCUGCUGUUGGACCCGGCCUGGGAGAAGCAGCAGCGCAAGACCUUCACAGCCUGGUGCAAUUCCCACCUGCGGAAAGCCGGCACGCAGAUCGAGAACAUCGAUGAGGACUUUCGAGAUGGGCUCAAGCUCAUGCUCCUCCUGGAGGUCAUCUCAGGGGAGCGGUUACCUAAGCCAGAGCGGGGCAAGAUGAGAGUGCACAAAAUCAACAAUGUGAACAAAGCAUUGGACUUCAUUGCUAGCAAAGGAGUCAAGCUGGUCUCCAUCGGGGCAGAAGAGAUUGUAGAUGGCAACGCAAAGAUGACGCUGGGGAUGAUUUGGACCAUCAUCCUCAGGUUCGCCAUCCAGGACAUCUCGGUGGAAGAGACCUCUGCCAAGGAAGGGCUCCUUCUCUGGUGCCAGAGAAAGACAGCUCCAUACAAGAACGUCAAUGUGCAGAACUUCCACAUCAGCUGGAAGGACGGUCUUGCCUUUAAUGCCCUGAUCCACCGGCACAGGCCUGAGCUCAUCGAGUAUGACAAGCUGAGAAAGGACGACCCAGUCACCAACCUGAACAAUGCCUUUGAAGUGGCAGAGAAAUACCUAGACAUCCCCAAAAUGUUGGAUGCAGAGGACAUCGUGAACACGGCUCGGCCCGACGAGAAGGCCAUAAUGACCUAUGUGUCCAGCUUCUACCAUGCCUUUUCGGGAGCGCAGAAGGCUGAGACAGCCGCCAACCGGAUCUGCAAAGUGCUGGCUGUCAAUCAGGAAAAUGAACACCUGAUGGAAGAUUACGAGAGGCUGGCCAGCGAUCUUUUGGAGUGGAUCCGGCGCACCAUCCCCUGGCUGGAGGACCGCGUGCCUCAAAAGACCAUCCAAGAGAUGCAGCAGAAGCUGGAGGACUUCCGAGACUACCGGCGAGUCCACAAGCCACCCAAAGUGCAAGAGAAGUGCCAGCUGGAGAUCAACUUCAACACUCUGCAGACCAAGCUGCGUCUCAGCAACCGGCCUGCCUUCAUGCCUUCCGAGGGCAGGAUGGUCUCGGAUAUCAACAACUGUUGGCAGCACCUGGAACAGGCCGAGAAGGGCUACGAAGAGUGGCUGCUGAAUGAGAUUCGCAGGCUGGAACGGCUUGACCAUCUCGCAGAGAAGUUCCGGCAGAAAGCCUCCAUCCACGAGGCCUGGACUGAUGGGAAGGAAGCCAUGCUGAAGCACCGGGACUAUGAGACGGCCACCCUGUCAGACAUCAAAGCCCUCAUCCGCAAGCACGAGGCCUUCGAGAGCGACCUGGCUGCACAUCAGGACCGCGUGGAGCAGAUUGCAGCUAUUGCCCAGGAGCUCAAUGAGCUGGAUUACUAUGACUCCCACAAUGUCAACACUCGGUGCCAGAAGAUCUGCGAUCAGUGGGACGCCCUUGGCUCUCUGACCCACAGUCGCAGGGAGGCCUUGGAGAAAACAGAGAAACAGCUGGAGACCAUUGACCAGCUGCACCUGGAAUACGCCAAGAGGGCAGCCCCCUUCAACAACUGGAUGGAGAGUGCCAUGGAGGACCUCCAGGACAUGUUUAUCGUCCAUACCAUCGAGGAGAUUGAGGGUCUGAUCUCAGCCCACGACCAGUUCAAGUCAACGCUGCCAGAUGCCGACAGGGAACGGGAGGCCAUCCUGGCCAUCCACAAGGAGGCCCAGAGGAUCGCCGAGAGCAACCAUAUCAAACUGUCAGGCAGCAACCCCUACACCACUGUCACCCCUCAGAUCAUCAACUCCAAAUGGGAGAAGGUGCAGCAGCUGGUGCCCAAACGGGACCAUGCCCUCCUGGAGGAGCAAAGCAAGCAGCAGUCCAAUGAGCACCUCCGCCGCCAGUUCGCCAGCCAAGCCAACAUCGUGGGGCCCUGGAUCCAGACUAAGAUGGAGGAAAUUGGGCGCAUCUCCAUCGAGAUGAACGGGACCCUGGAGGACCAGCUGAGCCACCUGAAGCAGUACGAGCGCAGCAUUGUGGACUACAAGCCGAACCUGGACCUGCUCGAGCAGCAGCACCAGCUCAUCCAGGAGGCCCUCAUCUUCGACAACAAGCACACCAACUACACCAUGGAGCACAUCCGAGUGGGCUGGGAGCAGCUGCUCACCACCAUUGCCCGCACCAUCAACGAGAUUGAGAACCAAAUCCUCACCCGAGAUGCCAAGGGCAUCAGCCAGGAGCAGAUGCAGGAGUUCCGGGCAUCCUUCAACCACUUUGACAAGGACCACGGCGGGGCGCUAGGGCCAGAGGAAUUCAAGGCCUGCCUCAUCAGCCUGGGCUACGACGUGGAGAAUGACCGGCAGGGGGAUGCUGAGUUCAACCGCAUCAUGAGCGUCGUCGACCCCAACCACAGCGGCCUCGUGACAUUCCAAGCCUUCAUCGACUUCAUGUCUAGGGAAACUACCGACACAGACACAGCCGACCAGGUCAUUGCCUCCUUCAAAGUCCUGGCUGGGGACAAGAAUUUCAUCACAGCCGAGGAGCUUCGGAGAGAGCUGCCCCCCGACCAGGCCGAAUACUGCAUCGCCCGCAUGGCACCAUACCAGGGCCCUGAUGCAGUGCCUGGUGCCCUUGACUACAAGUCCUUCUCUACAGCCCUGUACGGCGAGAGUGACCUGUGA